CAGGGCAGGGCUAAUUAGGCUUGAUGCAGGGCAGGAGGGGAAGCAGAGAGAUACAGACAGUAUACCUGAUAGACUUGACAACACUGGGUGUCUCCAAACACUGCUUGGCUUGAAGAGCAAGUUGGUGUAGUCACUGUGGAUCAUUGAGACCGGCUGAUCAUCAUCAGCAAAGCUAAGACAGACAACUCAUCGACCUGAAAGAGCACACAACGGAAGAGUCAACAUGAGCAGAUGUCUAAUUAGCCAGGCGGAGGUGAAAGGCUUCAUUGAGAGGUGUAUGAUAGCUGUGGGCACCAAGCAGAAUCAUGCUAACAGCCUGGCCGAGGUGCUGGUGGAGGGAGACCACAGGGGCCACUACAGCCAUGGACUGAACAGGAUGGACAUGUAUGUGAAAGACAUCAAAUCAGGAAUCUGUGCCAAGGACGGUGAGCCAGAGAUAGAGAAGGAGAGUGCAGCCACAGCGUUUGUGGAUGGGAAGAACCUCCUGGGCCCUGUGGUGGGAAACUUCUGCAUGAACCUGGCCAUAAAGAAAGCCAAAGAGGUCGGCAUAGGCUGGGUGGUGGCACACGGAUCCAACCACUAUGGUAUUGCUGGAUACUAUGCAAUGCAAGCUCUGAAGGAAAACAUGAUCGGCAUGUCAUUUACCAACACGUCCCCACUGGUGGUCCCCACACGUGGUAAAGAGUGCACUUUGGGCACUAACCCUCUCAGUGUGGCAGCUCCUGCUAAAGAUGGAGACAGCUUUGUCCUGGACAUGGCCACAUCAGCAGCAGCGCUUGGAAAGGUGGAGCUCCAUGAGCGCCGUGGAGACGACAUCCCCGAGGGAUGGGGCUGCGACGCCCAGGGCAAGAUCAGCACAGACCCCAAGAGAGUCCUGAGUGGAGGAGGACUGGUGCCAAUUGGCGGCAGUGAAGCUACAGGAGGGUACAAAGGCUACGGUCUGGGAAUGAUGGUAGAGGUGUUCUGUGGUAUCCUGGCCGGUGCCCAGUACAGCAAACACAUCCGCACAUGGAAAGUAACUGAUCGUGUUGCCAACCUGGGUCAGUGUUUCGUGGCAAUAAACCCAGAGAACUUUGCUCCCGGGUUCAACAACAGGAUGUCAGACCUGCUGUCCAUCCAGAGAGGGUUGGACCCUGCCGACCCUGGUUUUCCUGUUUUGGCUGCUGGAGAUCCAGAAAGGAUGAACAUGGAGAAAUGUGAGAAGAUGGGCGGGAUCCCCUAUCACCUCAAUGUUGUCAACUACAUGAACGAAUGUGCUAAGAAAAUUGGUGUCAGCCCUCUUCUACCAUGUGACAAGCUCAUCUCCAAUUAGACUGCCCAAUGAAGAUCUUUGGAAAUUUAACACUUCUUCUCCUCUUGAAGUUAACAUUGAGCAACCUAUGAAUGCACAUCAUAUAAGCUAACAGUCAUUUUUUAUUGAUUUUAACCAAACAUGCCUGGUAUUUUAAUACGUAUAGUUUGAAUAAAAAACACUUUAACACUUUCUUAAAAUUUGUGACGACAAAGAUGAAAAAUAUCAAAUAUUUUUCCUUUUGAAGGGACUCCUUAAAACAAGUUUUUAAUUAUAUUUUUUGUGUCUUGAUAUGCUGUAUCUACUGACAUUAAAAUGCAUAUUUAAAUAUGUCUUUAAGAUGCUGUAUUUCUGACAGCUAAAUACGCACAUUUUUUGUCUGAAGUUGUUGUGAGUUGUAGCCUUAUGGCUGAAUGUGAGAGGAGAGCUAAAUGCACUGUGGUCUGUUGUCAUUCCCUGUUACUGAGCCAUUUUACUUUGCUCCGACUCUAAUGCAGUGCAAUUUUGUUACUGUACACUAAUCGCUUCAGUGUGAUAUAGAAUUUGUUUUAAUGCUGAAAAUCAUUUUAAAUUGAUCUUAAGAAUAUUUUACUACUUUUAUAAAGUUCAAGCCCUCUUUUUACUC